UAUUCAACCUCAUGUUUUCUGUUCAUGUAACCAAUUUGUUUGUGUACAGAUUCUUCUAAUUCGGUAUUUGGUGUCUCUGCAUAAUACAGAUACUUCUGAGCAGUCUUUCGCUUCUAGAUCCUUGUCAAGUGCCUCGCAACUAAUUUUAUUGAUAAUCAGAGAAAAAAAUGAGCCUGCGGACGAACAAAAUUUCGAAUCCAAAGCAAAACGCUCGUCUUCUCCAGCUUUUAAUUACUCCAUCAUGAUCAAGAACUUCGAUUUCCGCCAUUAAUGGAGUUCACUAGGACAUACAACACCUCCUUCUCUUUCUUCUCGGCCAUAGACAGGAGCAGGCACGAUGUGUUCUUGAGCUUCAGAGGCGAAGACACUCGCUACAACGUUACCUCUCAGAUCUACACGGCCUUGCGAGAUGCAGGAAUUCCAACCUUCAAAGAUGACGUAAACCUUCAGAAAGGCGGUGAGAUUGCUUCCGAGCUUCUAAAAGCGAUCCAAAUGUCGAGGAUCGCGAUCAUAGUGUUCUCCAGAAACUACGCAACUUCGGGAUGGUGCUUGGAUGAGCUUGUGAAGAUCGUGGAGUGCAAGAACGAAGCUGGGCAGGUUGUUGUGCCUGUGUUCUAUGAUAUUGAGGCUAGCGAUGUGGAGCAGCAGAAAAAUAGUUAUGCAGAGGCAUUUAGAAAACAUGAGGAUCGAUUCAGGUUGGAAAACAUGGAUGAGAGCAAGUUGGGAAGUUGGAGAGAGGGCUUGAAACAAGCAGCUUCAAGUUCUGUUGGGUGGGAUAUGCAGAACGUUGCUAGCUGGCAUCAAUCAAAAUUUAUUAAGGAGAUUGUGAAACAUAUUAUGAGUAGACGGCAAGAUGCUCACAUGAAUGCCUCCAUCUUCCCUCCAAGAAGGGAGGUAGCUGAGGAGUAUUUAAAUCUUCUAUUAAGUGUUGUUUCAGAUGACAUCCUUGUAAUAGGCUUAUGUGGAGUUGAUAUGACCAACAUUGCAAAAGCAAUCUAUAACAAAAACUUUACAAGAUUUGAGUAUAGCAGUUUCCUCUCAGAUAUCAGUAAAAUUGCAGAGCAACCUGAUGGGCUCAUUGUGUUACAAAAGAGUUUUCUGGGUGACAUUCUUGAAGAGGAGAACAUAGACAUAGAGAAUGUAAAAGUAGGAACCCAGAAGAUUCAAAGUGCAUUUUGCGGAAAGAGAAUGCUUGCAGUUCUGGAUAAUGUGAACAGAUUAGACCAUUUAAAUGCUUUGGCUAGAAAGCGUGAUUGGUUUGGUCCAGGCAGUAGAAUCAUCAUAACAACUAAAGAUCCACAUUUGCUAAAUGUCCUUGAAGUGGAUGAUGUCUAUGGGACUCGUGGCAUUCAGGUCAUAGAGGACCAGUAUAGGCAAAAUCUUCUCCAAAUUAAUGAUCUCUUGCAGGACAUGCUGAGGCUUCAUAUCCAGUCUUGCGGCAGGGAAUUAUUUCUCUUGGAAGAGAUAGAGAAAGAACAAAAAAAGAAUGCCUCUCAGGCUCGAAUGAUAGAGAAGUUACAAGGAAGCAUAAACCAGUGGGACCCUCUAAAUCUGCUCACUUCAAGGGCUGAAAAUCCUGAAAGUGAGAGGAUAGUGCAGGAGUUUGCAGGGAGUUCUGGUGGUGAGAGAGAAAUAAUCAAGCCUCAGAUGCAGGGAAAGGCGUUGAAAUAAAUGGCAAAGUGGAAAAUCCUGGUGGAUCCGGUGUCAUUAAAGGUAAAAGGCACCCGCAAGGCACGCAAGGCCUACGCUUCCGAGUGAAGCAAAAUGUCAUGAUGUGAAAAUGCAUAAUAUAUAGCCAAGACAACAAAUUAUAGACAAAAUGAUAAAAAUUUCCAUAUAUAUAUAUAUAUAUAUAUUUUAUAU